AUGACGGAUUUACAAGACCGUGAGCCAAGUAUCAUUAUCAAUGGAAACAUGGAGCCAGAGGAAGACGAAUACAUGUAUGACAAUGAAGAGCUUGUCGAAGAUCAAGUAAACGAAGACGACGUGAACGGCAAUGAAGCAAAGCCAAAAAAGACAGUCACGUUUGGUGAUUUGGGAGAAGUCGAAGAUGACGAGGAGCAAAGAAGACAAGAAUUUGAAGAAGGUGGCGGUUUACCUGAGCAGCCUGAAAAUCCAGAUUUUACUGAAUUGACUCCACUGUCCCCAGAGAUUAUUAACAGACAGGCUACAAUUAACAUUGGUACUAUCGGACAUGUCGCGCAUGGUAAAUCUACGGUUGUAAGGGCCAUUUCUGGAGUUCAGACUGUUCGUUUCAAGGACGAAUUGGAACGUAACAUUACCAUUAAACUAGGUUACGCAAAUGCUAAAAUUUAUAAAUGUGAAGAUCCAAAUUGUCCAGAACCUGAUGCUUACAAAUCUUUCAAAUCUGACAAAGAGAUCCGUCCUAGAUGUACCGUUCCAGGCUUCGAGAAUACUCGUUAUAAGUUGUUACGUCAUGUUUCAUUUGUGGACUGUCCAGGGCACGAUAUCUUAAUGAGUACCAUGUUGUCAGGUGCAGCAGUUAUGGAUGCAGCUUUACUGUUAAUUGCUGGCAAUGAACCUUGUCCACAACCUCAAACUUCCGAACAUUUAGCCGCUAUCGAGAUUAUGAAAUUAAAGCAUGUUAUCAUUCUACAAAAUAAAGUUGAUUUAAUGAGAGAAGAAAGCGCUUUAGAACACGAAAAAUCAAUAAAGAAAUUUAUAAGAGGUACUAUCGCGGAUGGUGCCCCCAUAGUACCAAUCUCAGCACAAUUGAAAUACAACAUCGAUGCUGUAAAUGAAUUUAUCGUUAAGACAAUUCCGGUUCCACCUAGAGAUUUUUUGAUUUCGCCUCGUCUAAUCGUCAUUCGUUCAUUCGAUGUGAAUAAACCGGGUGCUGAAAUCGACGAUUUGAAAGGUGGUGUUGCUGGUGGCUCAAUUCUAAAUGGUGUUUUCAAGUUAGGUGAUGAAAUUGAGAUUAGACCGGGAAUUGUUACAAAAGAUGAAAGAGGUAAGAUCCAAUGUAAGCCAAUUUUUUCCAAUAUUGUGUCCCUAUUUGCAGAACAGAACGAUUUGAAAUUUGCUGUUCCUGGUGGUCUUAUCGGUGUGGGUACAAAGGUCGAUCCGACUCUUUGUAGAGCAGAUCGUCUUGUUGGCCAAGUCGUCGGUGCUAAGGGUCACCUUCCAAGUAUUUACACAGAUAUUGAAAUAAACUACUUCCUGCUACGUCGUUUACUUGGUGUUAAGACUGACGGUCAAAAACAGGCAAAAGUUAGAAAACUGGAAUCAGAUGAAGUCCUGAUGGUUAAUAUUGGCUCUACUGCUACUGGUGCCCGUGUCGUCGCUGUAAAAGCGGAUAUGGCUAGGUUGCAACUUACUUCUCCAGCAUGUACAGAAAUUAACGAAAAGAUUGCUCUAUCGAGACGUAUUGAGAAGCAUUGGCGUUUAAUCGGUUGGGCAACAAUCAAAAGGGGUACUACACUUGAACCAACGUUUUAA